CAAGGUAAGUUAAAGAUGAUGAUGUAUGCAAACCUGUGCUUUUGUCCUACGAAUAAAUUUGUGAUCCAAGACAUCCUACUCUGAGAUCAGAUACAAGUUCAGGCAUCCUAGCCAUUGCCAACGUCUCACGAGACACUAUAAAAGUAAAGUGCCAAACUUUAUGCUCCUAAUCUCUGUUAAGGACCAAAUAAUCAAAUUGUGAAGAGCAUGUGACUCACCUUGAAAAUUCAAGCAACCGAAAAGAGCAGCUCAGUUUCUUCAUAUUGCUGCCACAAUAGUAGCCCCAAUCUGCAGUAAACAGCACAAGAUCCUGGAAGGGUGUCAAUAAGAGGGCCGCAAGCAGGCAGGACAUGGAUUCAAGCAAGUACAGAUCAAGAGGCUACAGCACAAUGGGAAGCAACACCAACAAGAGGCCACCACCUUACCUCCUCCUGCUGCUUCUGGCACUCGGAGCUGCGGCGCUUAGUGUAGGCAUCCUGCACAAGAUGAGGGAGCGCCGCGUCUUUGCCAUCCUCCUCCAGGAACGUGAUCAGCAGCUUAUCUCCCUUCAAGCUCUCCUGCAGAAAGAACAAGAAAUUAGUAAAGAGAUGAGGAGAAAAUUGGAUGCUUUAGAAGCCAAAACAUCCAUCCUAAGCAUUGAGAGGACAGAACUGAAAAACAAGCUCAUGGAUUCUGAAACCACCACCACAUAUCUCACCAAUACCCAAAAAGAGUUGGAAGCGGCUCUAGUGGAAAAAGAGGGUCAUAUCAACCAAUUGAAAGAAAAUACAGCUGAUUCAGGUCCUGACCAAAUGGCAGCUAUAAAGGAACUUCUGCAGCAAAAAGAAGCUGAGCUUGAAGAGAUCAAGACCAAGUUGCACGACUACAAGAAACCAGAUACAAACAAUGAGAAUACAACUUCGGACACAGUGGUACCUGAGGAUUCUGCAAAUCCUGGUGAUUCCAUACCUGCUUCAGCAGCAGAACAUCAUUCUUACAACAACAGUGCAUCAGAGAGCAACCAAGAUGAGAGCACAGGAGCAAGCACAAACAAUGAAAAUGAAACUGCCGAUAAUUUGGUACUAGAUAAGUACACGAACUCCAGUGAUUCUACACCUGCAUCAACAGAAGAACCACAUCCCUCCGACAGCACUGCAUCAGAGAGCAACCCUCAAGAUGGUUCCUCAGAAGAACACUUUAUAAAGCUUACAACUAACAGGGAAGAUGAUGGACUACAAGACAAAACAGGUGAUGAAAAUGGUAAUUCAGACGAUGCUCUACAGGGAAGUCACUCAGAAAAAUCUGAACUUCCUCAGUGGAGCUCCAAGUUGGCAGAUAAUAAAGACAACAGCACAGAAGAACUAGAUGACACUAGACAGUUGGAGAACCCACAAGGUGACGGCAGCUACGAAAGCAGAGGCAGUAAACUGCUGGAGAAAGAAGUGGAAUCCACCAAAGAAAUUGAACCAAUGAAGGAAACCAACCCUGAGACAGAGCUGGAAACCUCGAAGGAUAGCUUGAGUGAAGCCAACCAAAACAGUACACAAGCUGUUGAACCUGUGGCUGAUCCUGCAGGUGGGAAGCCCAAUAUGUCCAUAUAUAAUGAUGAAACAAAAGAAACAAGCAAGAGACGUAGGCGGAGAAAGUUUAGAUCCAGAAGGAAGAGGAUCAACGCUGCUGCUGCUAAUGUUGAUGGAGAAGUCACCAAAGUAAGGUAGCAAAACCAUAAAUUAGAUAUUUGGGUUUCGAAAAUGACCACAUUGCAACGAUGAAUCGUAUAAGGCAUAGAAAGGAAAACUGCAAAAAACAGUUAAAAGAGAACCGAGAUAGUUGUCAAAUGCUGAAUAGCUCUGAAGAUAAGGAGAGAAAAUAAUAGCUAAGCAGCUUCAGUUACCAGUUUGUAGACAGCAGCAGCACAAAUAAUAUUUCUGCUUUGAAUAUUGCAAAUGGAUUUCUUCCUUGAAAAUAUACUAUCUGUACACUUUAUUUUGUGUAAACACUGUCCUCCAUGAUAGCUCAUCAAAAAGUUCUGUAAGCACUUAAUUUCUCUCUGAGGUUAAACAUAAUGAUCAUUACAAAAUCAUGUGACAGAGUCACAUUU